AGCCUCGACGAGAACUCGUUAAAGUAUAUUCGAAGUCCCACGUCCCACACAGCGAGUCUUAUUCUCUUGACGGGCUUUUGAGGAACGGGGAUCGCGAGUCGCCGGAGCCGUUAUUGACGUAUCAUACUAUACUCUCGUGCCAACUGUGCAAACGGUCGCUAUAGUAUACGUAUCGCUUUGUCGUGUUCCCCGCGAGCAGCUGCGAGCACACACAUCGAGCUCAAGCUUACGUAUCGUCGCGCCGUGUAUUAUUCGUCUUUUCCGGUUCCACAUCGCGAGAUUCGUGCUACGCGUCGUCCAGAUUCGCGCGACAUAGACUGCGUUUCGUGCAGUUUAUCCGAGACGACCGUUCGAUACGACGUGACGGCAAAAAUAUAUCUGUGUCCGCGCGAUAUAUCCGCGAAACGGGACGUAACAAUAAGGGGAAAGAGAGAUCGGUCGUGCCGAAGGACAAAGCCGUGGCGAUUCGCAGCAGUCAAGCCAAUUCGGUUUUCGGAUCCUCAGGCAAAAGAGCAUCCUAACAAAUAUAUAACAAAGAUGACUGGAUGCAUCGAACAAUAUAUUUUUCCUUCGAACCGUUUGCGAUCAACACCAUCUAUAACAUCCCACUUUAUUGAGAUAGCUGACGAAACCGACAACAUUGAUUAUCGAUUAGAGUCCGCACGGUUAGAAAGCUUCAAGAAUUGGCCAUGUGCAUGGAUGAAACCAGAAAAACUUGCAGCAGCUGGAUUCUAUUAUAUUGGCGAUAAAGACAAGGUAAAAUGCUUCGAGUGUCACGUAGAGAUAUGCCAGUGGCAACCAGAUGACAGUCCAAUGGUCGAUCAUCAGCGAUGGUCCGGAAGAUGUAGAUUCGUUCGUAAUGUCCCAUGCGGCAAUGUGCCGAUCGGUGCGGAUCCUAGCACGAUUCCGGCGUCUGUGCCUAAAGGAAUCGAUGUAUGCGGACCUUAUGGUACGGUUUACAUGCCUUAUUCUGGUCCCGAUAAUGAAGAUUUUAGCACAGAAAACGCCAUGAAAUUUAACAUAGGAGGUCUUACCGCCACAAGACCGAAGCAUCCUGAAUAUGCUAGUUACGAUGCCAGAUUAUGUACAUUUGAAACGUGGCCUAAAGCAAUGUCACAAACUAAAGAAGAAUUAGCAGCCGCUGGUUUUUUCUACACAGGAAAUGGUGAUCAAACAUUGUGCUACCACUGUGGAGGAGGAUUGAGAGAUUGGGAGCCAGAAGAUGAUCCUUGGGAACAGCAUGCCAAAUGGUUUGACUACUGUUCGUACUUGCUUAUGGUCAAAGGAAGGGAUUAUGUAAGCAAGUUUGUUGGAAGGACAUAUGCUAAACCGGAUAUUGUGAAACCAUCCGCAAACAUUGAACAAGAUCAAACAUCUGGUAAAGCUUACGACGAGUGUACUGCUAGUGGAAGUUCUCAGAACUCCACCAGUUCCGAAGAUGCUAACAAAGAGAGUACAACAUUCAGUACAGAGUCAAGCGAAGUCAGCGAAGAACAAUCUAUUGUCAAAGCGUCUUGUGAUAAACCAGUUGACAAGGAUGCAAGAAUGUGUAAAAUAUGUUACAGUAGAGAAUUACGAAUGGUAUUUAUGCCAUGUGGGCACUUACUAGCCUGUGCAGAGUGCGCAAAGAACAUGAAAAUAUGUGGAGUAUGUCGUAAACCUGUAAAGGUUACCGUACAGGCAUACAUUCCAUAGUGUCUUUAUCCAUAGUGAUAAAUAUCCCUGUAAGCUUUACUAACAUUUUCUAUUCAUCGUCAUUGAAGACUGAUAAAUUAACACUUGAAAGCAAAAAUGACAUGACUCAUGUAGCAUACCGGUCUGCAGGUACAAACUAUACAGACAACGUUAAAAUUCUCGUUAGUGGAAUAAAUCUGUACACUCAUCUCGAUCUAAUGAAAAAAAUAUUCCGCACUGAUAUGAUGAUAUUUUGUGAUUGUUGUACAAGUAAUAAGUGUUUCUAUAUUCGAAUAUAUAUGGAUAUGUAACUAGUAAGCAUAAAAAUUGUUAGUCAGUGUGCAAAACACAUGUGACAUAUCACAGAUUCUCAUAUUAUAACUAUUAAAUAGCGCAUGUACAGAUCACUUUAUUAUCAAAAGUGGAAGAUAGACUGUACCUGCAACGGGAUGUUGCUAUUUGAAUGUUUUUGAUUUUGUAUUAUGAAAUAUUUGCUGAAAAAUGAAGGCAAAGUUAUGCCGUUAUAUUCCGAGUAUAAAUAGCAACAUAACAUGAAGUCUAGUCAUUAGUGUUAUGUAAUGAUGAAUAUAAUGAAUAUGCACAUAGAUGUAAACCAAUUAUUAUUAAUUAUAUUAUGUGUAAAACUAAUUAUAUAGAUCUAGAUCACUAUUAUCUACGGAAAAACGUUCAGUUCAAACUCUGUUCAAAUGUUAAAGAAAGAUUUGGGGGAAGUUUUCUUGUACAAAAUUUCUCAAUGCUAAAAGAAAGGCAUUAUCAGAUGGAUGAUCAAUAUAAAGUCGAAUUUAGUCAGCCACUUUUUCUUCAAUUUCUAUUCGUUGUAUAAUCUAUAGAAUAUAUUUUGUUAUAGUUUCUACACACCCAUAUAUAUAUUAAUACAAACAUUAUUAGAGUCCGGUCAUUGUUCAUAAAUGUAGAAUAUACAUAACUUUGCGUUAAACAUAAUUAACUUAAGCAUUCCAGGGUACUCCAGAUUAAUAAAAUGAAUUAUAUCAUUGAUAGUAAGUGAAAUUGGCACAAUUUUCAGUUUAAGCCUUUUUGUCACUGUGCAACGGAAUGCAACGCAAGGUAGAUUUUUUAUGUAGAAUAAAAAUAUGUAGAAUCAAAUAUGAUCGACAAUUAGCAUCCCACUGAAGAAAAAUUACAAUGCAAAUACUUGUUGAUGUAAACGUGAGUGAUAUAAACAUUAUUUUGUAGGUAGCGCAUAAAUAAAUUUUUAAUUUAACAAAUUUAAGAUUAGUACUGUUGAUUAAGAGUAAGAAACAUUGAAGUAUCUUUAGCAUAUUUGAUAAAACACAUAAAAUACCUCCUGAUAAUAUUGGAUAUUUACAAAAUGUGUUUUCUAAACAUUUGUUGAAAUCGAUUAUAUUCAAAAGAGAUUUAGUAAUAUUUCUCGAAAUAUAUAUAUCGAGAAAUAUAUAUAUGUACACAUCAAACAAAUGAAAUUUCACUAGCGCAAUAUAGAAAUUCUAAAAUAUUUAAUAUAUAUUUAAUUUAUCUGCAAAUAUUUUUUGUAUAUAUUUAGUACACAUUUUGAAAUAAAUUAGCAUGUAUUCACAUAAAAGUAUAUAAUUAUUAAACAUCAACAGAAUAAUAAAAUUUGACAAAGCUGAAGUUAACAAAAACUAUGUCAAAGAUACAACUUCCAUAUUACAAAGAGAAUUCUAUGUUCAUAGAUACAAUAUUAUGAUUAUUCUUAUUGUUUUGCGAAUAAUUUUGGAUAAUGUAUAGCAACGAUUACAUCUUGACAAACUAAAGUUAUAGCAUUCAGCACAGUGAUCGCAACAAAAUUUAGUGUAAAAGAUCAUACAAUGCAGUGCAUCAUAGAUAACUUUAGAAUAAAAUAAUAUAAUAGCGGUAUCCUUAUUUCGCCACUAUACAAGUUAACAUAUGGGAAGUUGGGAUUAAGAAUCGCGCGCGUUAUAUGUAUGAUAACCGUCUGUAGAGAGAAAAUAGAGUUCUAUUAAUAUUCUUUAAAUAAGUCAUUCUCUCAAAUAUAAUAUAAUCCGUUUUUUCAGCACAUAUAAAACCAGAAUUGUAGUAUUUCCUCUUCGACAAUAGGAAAAAAUAAGAGACUAAAUCUUGCAUUUUUGUAUUUCAACUAUUGAUAUAUAAUCUUCCCAUUAUAUUUUUUUAAUAUUAUGUUCUCUUAUCAAAGUUAUUCUGUUUUAUUAAUGCAUAUAAUUUACUUGUAUACACGUACACACAAAAUCUAGAUUUAGAAUACUUUCAUAUUUAAUGCAAACUUUUUUCAGACAUCUGUAAUAGUAAAAUGCAGUUGUAAUAUUUGUGUACCCUGGGCAAAAUAACUUUGACAUAAAAUAAUGCUGUACAAAAGGUAGCGAUACAUGUAAUGUUUGCGAUAAUUAUAAUAUGAAAUAAAAU